AUGGCAAGAUCUUUCAAUUGUUCUAUCAACAGAAAAAUGUUAACAAUCAAACUCCAUUAUGUAUUUUAUGCAUUAGGUACUGGUGCAGUUUUACCUUUCUUCCCAUUAAUAGCAAAAAAUAUUGGGAUUAGUGCUACAGGAUUAGGAUUAACUUUUACCGUAGUUCCAUUUUUCAUUGUUGUACUUAAUCCACUUUUCGGUUUCCUCACUGAUAAAUUCAAGAAAAUUAAAUUUAUUCUCAUGGUUUUCAUUAUCAUUCAAUCAAUUUUCUAUUUUUCAGUCAAUUUUAUUCCUCGUAUUGAAAAGGAGAAAAUCAUUUUCUCUGAUAUAAAAUUUCAUUGCGACGAUGAAAACACGAAAAACUUCACGAAAAAUUCGAAUAUUUCAUCAACAAAUACAUAUAAUAACACAUUGCAAUGUCAUGCAAUAUGUUUUGUAUGGAACAAUAGCGAGGUAUUUUCACAAAAUUCUUUCAAUUUUACCAGAGAUUUAACUUUAAACAAUGACCAAGAUUUACAAGUCGAUAAUUUUACAUCUUCAAUUUGUUCUCAGUUUAAUGGAGAAUGCCAACUUAAAUGCUUUGUAGAUGGAGACGAAGAUGACAAUUCAUUUGUCCAUUAUCAGUAUUGGCUAUUCGUUAUCUUGACAGCUAUUCCUGUUAUUAUCACUGAUGCAGUCAUAGCAAUAUCUGAUACUGCUUGCUACGAAUCUCUAGAAGGAAGAGUUAAUCAAUUUGGUAAACAAAGAGUAUGGCUUUCUAUUGGGUGGGGAAUUAUACAAUUAGCUACCGGAUACGUGGUUGAAUUAGCAAAUGAAGGAAACGAAGACAAAACCGAUUUUUCUAUUUGUUUCUAUGUCAUGGUACCUUUAAAUUUUAUCAACAUUAUCAUUUUGCAUUUCGCAGAUAUGAGGAUGGAGAAAACUUCAAUAAACAUAUUGAAAGAUGUUAGAAAGAUAUUCGUAACGCUUCAUCCUUUUAUCUUUAUAACUGCAGUAUUUCUUGUAGGAGCAGUCGAUGGUUUAAUGUGGAAUUACGCUUUUUGGUAUUUCGAACAACUGGGUGCUAAUAAAAUAUUAAUGGGAGUAACUUCUGCUGUUAACAUUUUCUGUGCUGAAGUCCCUUUUAUGUUCGUAUCCGGUUGGAUUAUUAAAAAAAUUGGAAGAGAUAACAGUAUCUCAAUGGCUUUUGUUUCAAAUUCCAUAUGGUGUCUUACCGCUUCUUUCAUGUACAAUCCAUGGUGGAUUUUAAUAGCUAAUUUGUUUCAAGGUCCUGCAUAUGGUCUUUUUCAAGUAGUCAUGACUUCUUAUGGAAAACUUUUGGCUCCACCAGGAACCGAAGCAACUAUGCAAACGAUUCUAGGAGCAGCAUUUCAUGGUUUAGGUAUAGGUACCGGAAGUUUACUAGGAGGAUUCGGUUUUGAUAAUUUCGGUGGUCGUAUGACGUACCGUUUCGUUGGAUAUUUCACUUUAAUUACAGCUGUAGUAUAUAAAUGCAUUACACUAUUUAUAUCAGGAGAGAAUUCCGUAAUUAACGAAGAAGAAAGAAAGAAAGGAAUGGAUAUGACAAAGACAAUUGAGAAACAAAGAUCGUUACCAAUUGUCAAACACUUGAGUAACGUUCAACACGCAAACAGUAUGGAUUGUAAGGUUAAUUUACAACUUUUACCAAUGAAAAUCCAUUAUUUCAUGUUUUUUGCAGCAAUUUCUACAAUUCUUCCAUAUCUUCCAUUGGUGGCUAAACAACUAGGAAUAAGUGCAACAGCAAUAGGUCUCAUUUAUACAAUUGUACCUUUCACUUCUAUGUUUGUAUGCCCUAUAUUUGGCUGGUUAUCUGAUCGUCUUAAAAAACUUAAAUCUAUUAUAUUAUUAUUAAUUCUAAUUCAAACGCCUAGUUAUUUUCUUAUUAAUUAUAUUCCCUCUAAAGACGUGGGCAUUCAAGAAUUUACAUUCUUAUGUACAGAAGAGGAAAGGUAUGUCUUAUCAAACAACCUUGCAUUUCAUUCUAAUUUCAAAUGCUUUAAGGGUUGUCAAUGUUCCUUGUCUUAUAAUAUUACGUUAAAGCCUUAUAAUUGCCUUAAUAUUUCAUCAACCUUAUAUGGAGGGGAACUAAAUUAUGAUAGUUUUGACCCAAAUUUAAACAGUUCAUGCGUUUUCAGAACGAAUAUGACUUGUUCGUGUCCUGUUCAAUCAAUGGAAAGUAUAUACAAGUCGAAGCAGUUUUGGCUUUUACUUCUGUUAACGAUCCUCUCCCUUAUAAUGACUAAUGUACUUAUUUCUCUAUCUGAUGCUGCUUGUUAUCAAUCAUUAAAAGAAAAAUUGUAUCAAUAUGGCAAUCAGCGAAUAUGGGGUACCAUAAGCUAUGGUUUAGGUGCCGUCCUUUCAGGUUAUCUAAUCGAUAUAUUCAAUAUUUCUAAUAGUGAAUACAUUGAUUAUUCGUGUUGUUUUUUCUUAAUGUUUGCUUUAAUGACGUGUGAUUUUGCAGCCGUCACGCAGACAGUACUUGAAAAGACCCCUUCUUCGAAUAAUAUUGUUAAAAAUGUUGGUCUAUUGUUUAAAGAUCCUAAUAUUGCUUUCUUCGUAAUCGCUGUGUUUCAUGUGGGUUGUCUAUCGGCCAUUCAGUGGAAUUAUACCAAUUGGUUUUUAAAGGGUUUAGGUGCAGAUAAUUUGUUAAUGGGAUUAACUAUAACAACGCAGUGCCUAUUAGCAGAAUUGCCUUGCAUGCUCUAUUCUGGAUGGAUAAUUAAAAAAAUUGGCGAAGAUAAUUCCAUGUGUUUAACGUUUAUUUCAUUUUCUAUUUGGUUUCUGUCCUUAUCGUUUUUGUUUAAUCCUUGGUGGAUAAUUUUAAUCGAAUUAAGUCAAGGUCCCUCCUUUGGACUCUUUUAUGCUAGUGCUACGUCAUAUGCGAAACGUAAUGCCCCUGUUGGCACAGAAGCUACUUUACAGACAGUUGUAGGUUCGGCUUUUCAUGGAUUGGGUAAGUAAAAUUCAAUCGAAAAUGAUGAACCGAAAGGCAAAUUUAAAAAUGCUUUAAAAAAUUAAAUCUGUGGUGCAACAAGGCUUCUUGUGUUAGAAUAAUAUGAUUUGACAUCAUUCCUCUAAGAAUCAGUAGCGUAACCAGGAAGGGACCUUUACCUUAGUAAAUAAACAAAUAAAGAAUUAAGUAAUAGGAGAAAGAUCUGAAUGUGAUAAAACCAUUUAUAUAUACAUUUAUACACAUUAUAUGAGUACUAAUCGCUAGUAAUACAUUAGAGCGUCGUUUAUCCGAAUCAAU